AUGAACGGAAAUAACAAUAACAACAGUUCAAUGUGCAAUCAAAAUCAGAUACCAAAAAAUUUACCAUUGAAAAAACGCCGAGCUUAUAUUAUCGAUACGCCAACGAUCGACGUUGAAAAUUCAAACAAUCGUCAACAGGAAAAUUAUCAAACUCAUAGAUCAACAACAACCAAACAAACACACCCGCAAGAAGAUCUUCAACUUCAUCUUCCUUCAGUUGUUACAUCAACGCCGCCAUCAUCUCCUCAACUCGAGCUAUUAAGACAACAUUAUGCAUAUCUAAUUGCUAAUAUCGCAAAUAAUCAACAUGAUAAUCGAUUUCCAUCAUCAGCAUCUUAUGAAUGUGUCAUGGCACAAAAGGUUCUUGCACAACAAUUUCUUGACAAUUAUCGAGCAUUAGUUGAACAACAAUAUCAAAAUUCGCAAUAUGGCUAUCAAUUAGCUGAAGAUAAACAAAAUGCAACACAUUUAACCAUUGAUGAACAUUUUCGAAAAUCUCUCGGUGAUAAUUAUGAUAAAUUAACCGCUGGAUUUUUGACACCAGAUAAUUCAUCAUCCAAUAGUUCACCGAGAGAACGAAGUCCAGUUGAUUCAAUUGAAGAACACUUUGCUCGAUCACUUGGCAAGUUUUGGCCCUUAACAACAUCAUCAAAUGACGAUAGAAAUUCAUCAAUAGCCGCACCCGAUGUUGAUGAUCAUUUUGCAAAAGCAUUAGGUGCAACAACAUGGGAAAAUUUGAAAGAAAAAUCAUAA